CAAUCAAACAAGCUGCUUAAGAACAUUACAGGGCUUAACUUACACACUUACAUCAAAAGCGAAUAACCAACAAUUUUAGAUUUUUUAUCCGGAAUCAUGGCAAUUCGCAACAUCCUUACCUACAUUGUUGUUAUAGCUAUCGCUUCCUCAGUUGCCUACGCUGCUGAUCCCACACAGCUCCAAGAUUUCUGUGUUGCAGUUAAUGACCCUAAUGCUGCUUUAUUUGUCAAUGGACAGUUUUGUAAGAAUCCAAUGGAAGCAACACCAGAGGAUUUCUUUCGCCAAGGGCUUGACAAGCCAGGGUUCACCGGAAAUGGCAAUAGACUAGGUGCCAACGUGACCUUAGUCAGUGCAGCACAAGUCCCAGGCCUCAACACUCUUGGAAUAUCAAUCGCUAGAAUUGACUUUGCACCUUACGGGCUCAAUCCUCCCCACACUCACCCUCGUGCUACUGAGAUCCUUACAGUUUUGGAGGGAACUCUGUACGUUGGUUUUGUGACAUCAAACCUCCAAAAUGGUGAAAAUAAGUUGUUUGACAAGGUGCUUAAUAAAGGAGAUGUGUUUGUUUUCCCUCAAGGCCUCAUCCACUUCCAGUUGAAUGUUGGUAAAACUCCAGCUGUUGCAAUUGCUGGUUUGAGCAGCCAAAAUCCCGGUGUGGUCACUAUUGGUAACGCUGUAUUCGGGGCGGAGAAACCUAUCUCAGUUGAUGUUCUAAGCAAGGCCUUCCAACUUGAUGGCAAUGUCAUUAAGCGUCUGCAGUCCAUGUUUUGGAUCAGCCCUUAAUUCAGUAAUGAUAUAAACUUAUUUCUCCUAUGAAGAGAUUCUAGCUAUUGCUUCAAAUUUAAGUACCUUUUGAUUUAAUAAACAAUGUACGUGUUUUACUUUAUGUGCGAUAUUUAUUUGAUGAAUUAAUAAAAAUAAAUCAAUUUUAUUCUUUA